AGCAGAGGCGGGCGGGGAGCGCGCGCCCCCUGCGGGUGGCGGCGGGUGGCGCGGCCCCAUGGAGCGGGUGAGCGAGGCGGGCGGCGGGGCCGCCGCGGGCUGCUACACGUACCAGGUGAGCCGGCACAGCGCCGACAUGCUGCACAGCCUCAACCAGCAGCGCAAGAACGGCGGCCGCUUUUGCGACGUGCUGCUGCGCGUGGGCGACGAGAGCUUCCCCGCGCACCGCGCCGUGCUGGCCGCCUGCAGCGAGUACUUCGAGUCGGUGUUCAGCGCGCAGCCGGGCGACGGCGGCGGCGCGGAGGGCGCGGAGUCGGCGGCCGGCGCAGCGGCCGGCGGGCGGGAGCUGGAGAUGCACACCAUCAGCUCCAAGGUGUUUGGAGACAUCCUGGACUUCGCCUACACCUCGCGCAUCGUGGUGCGGUUGGAGAGCUUCCCGGAGCUCAUGACGGCCGCCAAGUUCCUGCUGAUGCGCUCCGUGAUUGACAUCUGCCAGGAGGUCAUCAAGCAGUCCAAUGUGCAGAUCCUUGUCCCCCCCACGCGCCCUGACAUCAUGCUUUUCCGCCCGGGGGCUGCAGACCUCAGCUUCCCUCUUGACAUGACCAACGGUGCUGCCUUGGCGCCCAAUGGCAAUGGCAUCGCAGGCAUGCCCGAAGAAGAGGCAGCACGGGCAGCGUUGACUGCUGCGCAGUCCUCCCUGCCUGUCCUACAGGGCGUGGACCGCCUGCCCAUGGUGGCAGGGCCGCUGUCUCCGCCGCUCCUGGCCUCCCCUUUCCAGAACGUUGCUGCGAGUGCCCCCACCCUGGGCACAAAGAGGGGCAGAGGGCGUCCCCGAAAAGCCAAUCUCUUGGACUCCAUGAUGUUCGGCACCCCCGGAGGCCUGCGAGAGGCCGGUAUCCUGCCCUGUGGCCUCUGUGGGAAGGUGUUCACGGAUGCUAAUCGUCUUCGUCAGCAUGAGGCUCAACAUGGUGUGACAAGCUUACAACUGGGUUACAUAGACAUCCCAGCCCCAAGACUGGGUGAAAAUGGUGUUCCUGGUCAGGACGACCCCGAUGCGCCCCGCAAAAGAAGCCGGACGAGGAAACAGGUGGCCUGUGAGAUCUGUGGCAAGAUCUUUCGGGACGUAUACCACCUGAAUCGGCACAAGCUGUCGCACUCCGGUGAGAAGCCUUACUCUUGCCCGGUGUGUGGCUUACGGUUCAAGCGGAAAGACAGGAUGUCCUAUCACGUUCGAUCUCAUGAUGGCUCUGUGGGAAAGCCCUACAUCUGCCAGAGCUGUGGGAAAGGCUUCUCCAGGCCAGACCACCUGAACGGGCACAUCAAGCAGGUGCACACCUCGGAGAGACCCCACAAGUGUCAGCAGGAAAAUGGCAGCCACCAUGGAAUAAGCUCAGAGACAUCCACAUCCAUAGAAAAGUUGAAACUUCAAGAGACCUGUAAUGCUUCCUUUGCCACCCGUGACCGACUGCGCUCACACCUAGCGUGUCACGAAGACAAAGUUCCCUGCCAGGUGUGUGGGAAGUACUUGCGAGCCGCGUAUAUGGCCGAUCAUUUGAAGAAACAUAGUGAAGGACCAAGCAAUUUCUGCACUAUCUGUAACCGAGGUUUCUCCUCUGCCUCCUACUUAAAGGUCCAUGUUAAAACCCACCACGGUGUUCCCCUUCCCCAGGUCUCCAGGCACCAGGAGUCCAUCCCGAAUGGGGGAGCAGCGUUCCACUGCGUCAGGACCUAUGGCAUCAAAGAAGGCCAGAAAUGCUCACAUUCGGACCCGAUUGAGAGUUCUGAUUCAUACGGAGACCUCUCUGACACCAGUGACCUCAAGACUCCUGAGAAACAGAGCACCAACGGGUCCUUCUCAUGUGACAUGGCAGUCAGCAAAAACAAAGUGGAGACGGAAGGAGAGAAGAAGUACCCUUGCCCUGAAUGUGGCAGCUUUUUCAGAUCUAAGUCUUAUCUGAACAAACACAUACAGAAAGUUCACGUCAGGGCUCUUGGUGGCCCACUGGGGGACCUCGGUCCUGCUCUAGGAUCCCCCUUUUCACCCCAACAGAACAUGUCUCUCCUGGAGUCAUUUGGGUUUCAGAUCGUCCAGUCAGCGUUUGCGUCAUCCUUAGUGGAUCCAGAGGUCGACCAGCAACCAAUGGGGCCAGAGGAGAAAUGAGAUCAGCUGGCUCUUCACAAAGCAAAGCAGCAGUCUGGCUGUAAUGAUAAGAUGCUGUGAAUGAACGAGGAAAUAAUGAAAUUUGGUUCUAUAGCUGAGAAUUUUUUAUUCAUUUUAGCUUCCCUCUUUGUCUCAUGCCUAUUCCACCUUUAAACCUUCCCUGGAGAGAGGGAGAAAGUGCUUCUGAGCUGAUCAAUUACAGAAGAUGGUGACCUUGAAUAGGAGAUAUGUCCUAAAACACCAAAUGGAGUUUUAGAGGAUGCUGCUGGUGUUUCAUCAUGAUCUUCUAGGAUAAGUAAAAGUUGCCAGCACUGAUCUGAGAAUUAGACAGUCCUAGUGACCGAGGCACCAGAGGAGCUACAGCUGCAGGGCACUCUGCUUCUGUUCUCUCUCUAUUCCCCACCUUCCCUAACUUGCCUCAGAAAAACAGUAAGUUUUAGAAACAGACCCAUUAUUGACCCAUUAUUGAAUAUAACAUUAAGAAAAAUGCCCUGUGGUACCUAGCAGGUUACAAUGCAAUUGUCCUUUCAAAAACAAAAAUUUAAAGAAGGUGAGAGAAUUUGUCCCCCUUCUGCCAUUUGUGAGGCUGUGAGUGCUGCAGCAGAACUGAACUGCUGACAAAAAUCACCAUGCAGAACAGGUUGGUUUUGUUACUUUUAAUGAUUAAACUUGCUGUCCGUUUUUUAAUUCUCUAUUAUUAUUAUUAUUAUUAUUUUAGGACCUGUUGUAGUGAAAUGCUACUGAAAAGCCAGUCUAAGGCAAUACACAGAGCACUCUGAAAACAGCAGUCACAUUAGGGUUAGUAUUAAUUUUUUUUUAAGAUGUACCAUAAUUAAUAACUUGGCUAGUUGGUUGUUUUAAGUCUAUGAAAGAAAUAGUUUUAUGGAAAAAAAAAAAGAAAAGAAAGGAAGGAAAAACACCAUUGCAGUCUGGUUGACUGGUGCUCAUUUUUCAUAUAGGGAGCUAGGGUGUAAACAUGCUCAGCUAUCGGGUAACACUAUGUACCACUGACUUGUUUAGUGUGAAUAAACCCAGGGGUUUAUUUUGGGGUGAUUUUGGUUAAUUGGGUUGGACUAUUAAAGAAGUUAGUACGUAACUUUGCAUCCCCUUGUUCUGUCUGGUUUUUGAGAAACUUCGCCACCUGUCACAAAGGUGUGCAAACGAGAACCAGUAAAUAGGGCAGUAAUCUCUCUCUGCAUGGUACCGCACUUCCAGUGACCUGGGCUGUUUGGCUGCAGUUGUGUUCUCUUGAUAUGCCUCUAGUCAGAUUUGCAAAAGCUGGUUGUACUCCUUCCUUUUCCAGAGAAGGGAGUUUCUACUAUAAGAGAUGAGAAUUGCAAACAGCGUCUGUCUGAAAAAGAAUUGAUUACAGAAUGCAAAGAAGCUGGUCUCUAGGCUGUUGGAGGUUCCAUUUGAUCUGAAAGAAUGCAGAAAUAAUGGGGUUUUUUUUGACCCUCCUCUUCCCAUGUAAGUUGUCAAGGUCUUUAUGUACCAAAUCCAGGUAUAAAUGUUGUUUAAUUAACACAGGGUUAGGAGUUAGGAAUGCUCUGAGUUAUAAUGAUGGCUCUGUGGUUGAUGCCCAAAGUCACGUAGGUCAGCUCACUAAUUUGUUCCUUAAUUCCUCAUCUUUGAAAAAGUUUUCUCACACUUGCUGUCAGGUUAAUGAACAAAGGCUUAAGCAGUAAUUGGGUAAACAAAGUUGCUGUGUGUACUGAAUACAUCCAGAAAGGUCCUCCUGAAGAGCCCCAGUCCCACACCAGACUUGCAUUCUGUGAAACAGUAGCUGUCUCCACUGUUAAGAUGGUGCUGGAGCAGGACAGACCGCGUCCUGCAGGAGACACGUCUGUGUGAAAUGUGAAUGCAGCCACAAGCUGCGGUUGGGCCACAACCUGUGUUGCCCAGGUGCUCCUGAUCUAACCCCUGCGGCUAAUGCAAGACUGUGAUAAGACACAUUUCUGUUUUGGUUUUGUGUUAGAAUUAUAGAGCCUUUUGUGAGCAUAUGGAUUUUGGAAUGGUGCCCUAAGUUCUACAGACUUAGAAGCCCCAGCUUCCUCUUCUGAGAAGCUACUUUUUUGUACUUGUUCUCGAGUAUUAUAAAGCAAGGAUAAAUAAUCAAUGGCUUUUUCUUUAUAGCACCAGCACUUUCUAACUUGAGAGCAUGUUGCAGUGGACUUUUGCUAUAAAUCUGUGUUGUGAGACUGAAGAACAUGUUGUUUUCCAUUCAUCUUCCUCAAGAAUCCCUGGAAUAGUUAUGAGAUGUAUUUAAAAGGGGGGAAAACCAAAACAAAACAACCCGCCUUCAAACUAAAGCUUUGUGGAAUUUCUAUUAAUGUACUGGUAAUCUUAAUUGGAAAAUGGAAACAGGACAUUUGGGAAAGGUAAGAUAACAUUUUAAAACACCUUACAAAUCCAGACCAUCAUGAGAUGGCUUUGUAAAUUGCCAAGCAAGUCCAGGUACAGGAGGCUUUCCAGUCAGCGUAACAAUUCACCAGGAUUAGCAAAUGCAGUCACGGUCACUCUGAUUCACUAGCGGCUCACAUUUAAGCCACCAGGAAAGUUUGAAUUGAAGCUGUAUUCUGAAAGAUGUAAGUUUGUGUCCCUAGUGUUCCUACAUGCACUGAGAGAGGGUGCACUUGUUGCAAAAUUCAACUCCGAAAGCCAGGUUAAGGAUAUAAGAUGUUUUCAGCCUACACUGAGCUCCACUGACAUUGGUGUUACCAGUGGGUUGGAUUUUGGCUGUGUGUGUCUGAAUUUAAUUUUGAACACUACAGAAUUUAACCUGAUGAAAGAAAUGAAAAGCCUUGAACUAGAAAGGAAGCUGCCUAAAACACUAACUCUGCAUUUUGCUCGUCAAAGAAAAUGCUUACUAAGUUGUCAUGAAUACAUUGAAUGAAAGCUACUUACUUCUCAGUCUAGUGGACAGGGGAAACAAUCGGGCAGGACGUUAAUGAUCCUGAAAUGACAGUCCUGGGUCAUCCUGAUGUAAAAGGGUGAGAUUUGCACCAGCCCAAGAGACUGGUGUGGAUUCAUGCCAGCAGUAGGCUGGGCAGAUCUUUAGCAGCGAUGUAUUUUCAGAGUGUUUUGCUUCUUUGGGAGCAUAGUGUUCCAUUUUGGAUAGUAAUGUACUUUCAGAAAUGUCUGCUUUUCCUAGAACGGAAGACAGAUCCGAAUAGAAAACUCAGCCUUGUAAGUUCAAUUCAGAGGUAGAAGGGGAAAUGAUUAACAUGCCUUGAGCUGCAGGCUCCCUUAACUUCUCUCCAUUCUGUUUUUAAUUGGCAUAUCAGUGUGUAGAUGAUAGUUCUCAUGUUGGGCCAGCCCUCCUUCCCUUGUCAUCUUUGGUGGGACUGCAGUUCAGUGCUGGAGUCUGCACUUCCCUACCAGGAAUGGAACUGCGGUUCAUUCAGUUCAUUCAAAUUUUGAUAAUGAGAGUUACAGUAUUUCUUUGCGUUAUUGAAGUCCAUUAAACCCCUCAACUGAGGCUCAGGCUCUUGUGUAUUUAGUGUGAUGAAAACAUCUUCAAACAUUUAUAAUCUAACCAUUAAAAACAGACAAAAAAGGAAUAUAUACUCCUAGGGGAGUGAGUGAAUAAAGAUGGACUAAAAACCACUUGCAUGCAUGCUUAAGUCUUCUGUUGAAUGUAGGGGCACAGACUUAUUGUCAGGCUUCUUUGGAUGUCUGAAUUGACCUUUAUAUCCUGUUUUUCUACAACAAAUGCAAGGUAAAGCAAUGUAAUGGGACUUUAUUCCAUACUGAGUUGAGUGACUUGACCUUGCAUUUGUCAUGUGCUAGAUGUGUGCAGUCAGAUGUGGUGUAGCUCACCUGAUGCAUGGUAACGUGGUGCCUGUGAGCUCGUAAUCUGAAGUGAUUUGCCCAUGUUGACAUGGGAAAUUGAUAGCAGAACCAGAAACUGAACACAGAUUUUUCCUUCUCUCAAUCCAGUGCCUUAACUCUGGUAGGGCAAAGUAGUCUGUGUUGGGGGAGAUGAUUGUUUUGUUUGUUUUUAAAGCCUAGAACAAUAAGAUGGUGUGGAAUUGGUCUUCCUGCCAAUCUUUGGCAUAAUCACAAAUGCCCAGUCGCAAUUUUAGACCUGUUUGAGUGCCAGUGACUUGGGGAAUAUUGAUUUCCCACAUAUUCCCUUAAAUUAUUGUUUCCUCCCUCAGCUGCUGUCAGCAGUAAGGAAUGACUUGAAUAGAAGAGCUGUGUAACUGAAUGUCUAUCUAACUCAACUAAUUGAAUUGAUAGUAUGAAAGCUAACCUAGAUUUUGUAGGCUCUGUUGUAACUUUAGUGUCUUGUUUUUUCACUAAAUCUUUGUUCUUAGAAAUCAAUAUCUGAACUUCUGUCUUGAGACUGGAGUGGGGUGCCACCUCCAGCUUUGAUUUUUUUUUAAGGUGCUUGCUUGAGGAAGUAGAUGCCAAAGUAAACUUGAAAGGAACUCCAGACUUCAGUGUUGAAAAAAACAAAUGGAGGGCAAGAGCUGUCUUUGGAUUUCAUGAGAGAUAAAUGGACAAAGUAAAAAAGAGCUACCAAAAUUUUCAGUAAUGAAACAGAAAAGGCUUUUCUUUAUCACCCACAAAUAUAAUCAGAUAUUUUCAAUUGUUCCGCAUGGCAGAAACUCUGAGAGCAAAUGCCAAACAAAACCACAGAAUGUGUUGGCAUUCUCAGCAUUAUGAAUAUACCUUAACAGCAUUACAAAUAUUUUAAUGUAUUUUAAGCCAGCUUUUUGCCAUCCACCGUUUGCCUGGGUGCAGUACCUGAGUUUUAACUGAACAGAACACAAGCUCGCAGUGAAUCUCUGAGCUUAUGUUCUUUGUUCCACCCUGAAAGACAAAACAAAUGAGCAAAUGGGAAAAAGAACCCAGUAGGAGAACUUUGAAGGGAAAACAUAUUCUGAAAGAUUCCUGUCUGCUGAGAGAGUCCUGUUUUUUUAUCCUGAGCAUCCUUUUCAAAACAAGAUCCUUCAGCUAUUGUGAAUGAGCCUUUGGGAACAGAUCUGGCUUCCAGCCCACUCUGCUGCUGGUUGUCCCUGUAAGGAGGCUGUGUGUUCUGAAGCACAGAGCCUGGACCGCAGGGAGGCAACACUCUGGUGCUGCAGCUGGAUGCCACGUCUGCUGUGGCAGAGUCAGCAGCAGCACUGACAUCGUGUCUGCCUGCCUGCUCCUGUGGCAUCUUCACCCUCCACUUGUUCCUAUGUCAGUGCCUGUGCCUGCUCUGCAGAGUGCUGCUCUGCAAAGAGCCAGAAAAAAAACAAACAGAGAACUGUUUGGCUAAAAUGAAAAAAAAAAAAUCUUAAAACUAAUUCUGUGACCUAACUGCAAAGUGGUGCAGAAGAGGAGCAGGACAUCUGGCUGUGAGGGGUUGUGGUGAUGGCUGGAAUGGUUCAAGCAUGUUUAUGAAAAGCCACAGUUGUUUGCUCUGUGGUAGUGGAUAAUGACUGCCUGAUUGUGAAGAAUUAACAUGGUGUGUCAUCUCUAGCCUCUUCUGUUUUGUUCCCGUCUUUCAAAUCAGAUUAUGAUAACCCUUGGGUACCCUUGGGUAAGAAAGUUUCCAGAUUCCAUUGACAUGCCAAAUUGUGCUGCUGAACUCUGCUACAAAUGCUUGGCCUCACUGACUUCAGGCAUAAUGCAAAGUUAAAUAUUUGGCCACAUUCUACCUGAAAGGUGAAAUAUUUGAACUAAUUUAAAUAUUGCCUGGCAUCGUUGAUCUGCUCUCAGGUUUUGUGUGAAUUAAGCUUUUCCUGGUUGGCUUCUCUACUUGUACUGCAGUUUUGGAGACCUGGAAGUGAUCUGAGUUGAGAUGUGCUGGAGGAAGGAGGUAACUGGUGUCUCACUGAUGUUCCAGUGACUCUCUCCCAGCUCCUGGGUUCCAUGUGGACCAUGGGAUCACUUCACAUGGCCACUGGCAGCCAUAAAUGCUCUUGAGUCACAUAGUGAACUUGGGUAAGUGCUUUUACAAUAUGUGUCUCAUGCUUGCUAAUUACUUUUUGGCUGCUGCAUCUAUAAACUGGUGCCUUCUCCAGGCAAUUUUUACAUGCCCUCUGCGAAGUUUUCAGACUAACUGCUGGCUCUUAAACAGUCAACCAGGCCUUGCUGUUGGGCUCAGAAUUUCUCUUCAGUACUCUUGUAAUCUGGAAGUUUGCUGCAGUUAGUGCAAAUACACAGUGUAAGAGAGAAAAUAAAAGGCUGUUCUCUGAUGUCAUGUAGAGUGAACAACUGAAACGUCAGUGCAGGAUGAGCCAGGAAAACUGCCAUUUUUCCCUGGCUGCAUGCCAUAUGGAAGAGACAGUGCCUUGGAAGGGAAGGAGCAGAGAAGUUUGCCACUGGCUCUGAUGAAUCCCAAUCCUGCUACUGAAGUUGGGAAUCCUCCCAUUGUCUUCAGUGUGAGCAAGAAAGGAUCUUAGGUGAGGAUGGAUGACUCUUUCCCUACUUGAAUGAAGUCUCUUGCCUAUUUAUGGGCCUGCUUCUAUUGAAACCAAGCCUGUUUUAGCCUUUUGGGUUCUUAGGGACCUGUUUGUAUAAAGCAACUUACCUACCUAUCUUUUUUUUUUUUCCUAUUGUGUGUAUUUUUUGUAUGUUCUGUUGGA